UAAUUCCCGUUUCCGUCACUGCCCACAUCCGACAUUUUUCCUGAAUCGCUUUAGUUGUGUUUACAUCAGACCCAGUCGGUGUUAUUCAGAAACGGGUUUCUCUCAGCUCCGGGAGCUCGCGCGCGCUGCCCAUCGCUACACUCUGCCGUGAGCUCCCAGUGUGACAUCACAUACGUUAAAGAAGGCAAUUGUUUACAGGGAUGGCCUUCCCUGUGGAUGUGCUGGAAGCCACGAGUCACGGGGACCUCCAGUGCUCAGCCGAUAGCUACACGAAUGAUCUGCUUUACAGUAACCCUGACAAUGCCCACUAUUUCACCUUGCCCAACGGGGAGAAGAUUCAGCUCAGCUUGUCCAAUAUGGGCCCUGUUCCUCUGUAUGGAGUUGAUUCCCAGCACAAUGUCCUGGCUCUGUUUACCCCACGAGACCAAUCCACAGCUGUGGCUUUUUAUCUGAACAAUCAGUGGUACUCUGUGGAAGAUAUCCUCAAAACAACAAACUCCACACGAGAAGGCCUUGUCAAGGUGAAGUCUGUGGGUGAGAGGAUCAUCCUGUUUGUGUUGAACUGCAUUGUUUACCGCACUAAAGAGGUGGGACGUGGAGAGAUGCCCUUUCUGUGCCACAGUGAAAACGACUACGCCAAAAUCUUCUGGAAGGAUGGCCAAGCUGUGGGCUUCUACUCAGUCAAACCAAAAGGCGUUUGGGAUGACUCUUUGAGGCAGGAAUACUUCCUUCCUGUCAUGGACUCCAUAUUUGUGAGGAAAGCUCACCGGGGAAAAGGCUAUGGGCUGCAGAUGCUGGAGGAUUUUGUGGAUUCUUUUAAAGAGGAUGAUCUUGGCCUCAAGUACCCUUUGUCUCCAGCUAUGGCAAAGUUGUGUAGGCAUUAUCUGGACCUUCACCCGGCGGAUGUAGAUCUAUUCUGGGAGGUUGAAGGCAUCGGUGGUCCCUACCAGAGAAAAAACGUGGCCUAUAUACUCGCCUCUAGACCACUGAAUGGUGGCUAUGAUGAGGAUAAUAGGCAGAACGGCGGUAUGGCAGAGGACAAGUUGGAGAAAUCAAAGGACAUCAUUCUUAACAUCACUGAGGAAAUCACUUUUGUCAACAAUCAUCAUACGGUAACUGAAGUGAUGGACACACACAUCUCCACGUUCACUCAGAACAAUGAGCAGCACAGGUGGAAGACACGAGUCAGAAAAAUCAACAGGGUGGAGACAGCAGAAGAGAAAGAGUUUGUUCCUGCUAAUGGCCUUGAGACACUGGAUGACACUCAGACUGUGGACACUCCAGAGGAGCCAGCUGCAAAGCAACAGGAAGCAGUUCCUGUAGCUGAGAAUAACCAGGAAAUGGAAGUAGAUUCUAUAGCUCAUGUGCAGCGAAAAGAGGAUUCUCCAGUGGCUGAAGCAACACAAGAAGUAACUCCUCCAGCUGAGAAACAGGAAGUAACUCCUGCAGUUGAGAAUGAACAAGGACAGGAGGAUAAGAUGGAUGAAGAGGGAGAUAAAAAGAACCAAAACAAGCCUGUUUUUUCAAUGGUUCUUCGAAGAUCCAGAAACAAGACAGCCCCCAAAUACACCUCUAAGAGAAUGAGAAAGAAGGCACUGGCGAAGGAAGAGAAAGGAAGAGGAAGAACAGCGGGAGGAAAAAGUGGUAGAAGACGACAACAGAAAGAGCACAAAGGGAAAAAAGGUAAUAAAAGAAGAGGACGUAGAGGCAGAGAGCAGGUCAGAAGAGGAGGAGCAAAGGAGAAUCCACGAGCAAGUCACAAAAUGGUGUUGAGGAGCAAAACAAGACUGGUCCAGCCCACACGGAAAACUAGAGCUAAGCGACGGGGCAAGAUGUGAACAUGCACCACACACACACUUGUUCAUUGAAUCUCCCAUAACAUGCAGGUUUCCAAAAUACAUGGAACAGCCACUGUGGAGGUUUAAGCUUUUCUGCAUAUACCUGUGUGUGUGUGUGUGUCAUGCCAUGGGAUUUUUGUACCAGAUGCUCUGUUUACAGAAUGCGUAGAAACAGCGUUGAAAAGCACGCAAUAUUUGGGGCCAUUUUUGCUGCCUGAUCCAGUAACUAUCAACGAAUAAUCACCUCAGUAGCGCCCUUACGGGAUACAUUUACCACUUUUAACAUCAUCCAUGACUGAUCAAGUAUAGAUCGUCCUUAUGUCAUAAAAAUCGGCGAAUGACAUUUUGUCGUGAAAAUGCGUUGAUCAUGCAAGGCGCUAAUAGUUUACCGCGUGUUUUUACAGUCGAGAUUGUUUCCUGAUGGAUUCACAAGGUUCUGUAAGUUAUCUGUAGUCAGUGCCUGGAAAAUGGACCAUUUUGGGUUGCGUGCAGGCGGCACAAUGGUGUAGUGGUUAGCACUGUCUCCUCAGAGUAAGAAGGUUCUGGGUUCAAGCUCACUGGCUGACGGGGUCAUUUCUGUGUGGAGUUUGCAUGUUCUCCCUGUGUCUGUGUGGGUUUGCUCCGGUUUCCCCCACAGUCCAAAGACAUGCAGAUUAGGUUAAUUGGUGGCUCUAAAUUGGCUGUAGGUGUGAAAUGGUUGGUUGUGUCUGUGUCAGCCCUGCGAUGACCUGGUGAUUUGUCCAGGGUGUACCCUGCCUCUCGCCCAUAGUCAGCUGGGAUAGGCUCCAGCUUGCCCAUGACCCUGCACAGGAUAAGUGGCUACAGAUAAUGGAUGGAUGGAUGGUGUGCACAUGAUUUAAUGUCAGAUUUACAGCAACUUCCCUUGGUCCAAUUUCACUUUGGUUUGUAUUUCCUGCAUACGGAGGCUUGGUAGUUUAAUGCAGCAGGUAGAACUCAAAAUCCAUAAUCUGAGCAUCUGGUAUGAAAGUCUGGUGGACUGACACGUGUGUGUGUGUGUGUGUGUAUAUAAAAAACAGCUUAAGUCUUACCAUGCUGGAUUUUUAUAUUGAGGUUUGGGGUUACAAUGAUUUAUUUGUAACUAUUGCUAAAGCUUUUUAUGAACUUGCUUUUCAUUACUUAAACAGGGAAAAAAGUUUCUAUAUUUUGUAUAAAAUAUCACAGAUCUUCAUAUCCUUUCUAUCCAAAAUGUUCACUAUUGAACCCAAUUACGAGUACUUCUUUGUACAAAUGAUGUUUUCAUACUGUCUAUAUACUCCUGUCAACUUCUUGCUUUUUUUACACCAAGAUUUAAGCUUGCACAUUCAGGAUUAUGUUAUAAUUGAUAUAAUAACUAUAAAAAUGGCUUAAGCUUCAUUUUGAUUCCGUUUGAGUUUGCUGUUCAAGUAUUCAUACUUGCUACUGAUACAAUAUUAGUUUUGCAAUGGAGGUGUUUUUUUAUUUAUAUAUAUAUAUUGUGUGUGUGUCUUGCAAAAGUAUUCAUCCCCCUUGGUGUUUGUCCUGUUUUGUUGCAUUACAAGCUGGAAUUAAAAUGGAUUUUUGGAGGGUUGGCA